AUGGGUUCCAACGAGAAAUACGAGUACGUCUUUGAUGAGACGGUUGAGAACCAACGCCUUGCUGGCCAGCACCAAGCCUUCAAGCUUGGAAUGGGUAAACUGGUCCUGGCACCUUUGCAAGUAUCCCAGAAGAAUCUUAGAAUUCUUGACGCCGGAACUUCUGAUGGCUACUGGCUGGACGAUUUCCGACCUUCACUCACUCAUCCCGAAACAUGCGAGCUCGUCGGUAUUGAUAUUACGGGUGAACGGUUCCCUCAAAACCCUCCCCCGGGAGUCAAGCUUGUGGUACAAAGCUCCAUGGGUCCUUGGCCCGAAUCGUGGCUGCAAUCCUUCGACCUCGUACACCAGCGACUGACACUUUUCGGCGUCGGAACCAAGUCAAAGGACUGCGUGCUCGAACUUAUGAAGAUUGUCAAGCCAGGCGGUUGGAUUCAGUUGGUUGAAACCGAGCACAGCUCGCAUGAACCGAAUGGUCCUCAGGUCAAGCGGCUGGGAGCUCUGAUCGGCGAGCUUUCCGCCGGUAUGGGCUCCGACUUGAGCUUCAGAGGUGGUGCCAUGGAGUCGUGGAUUAGAGAAGAAGGCUUCAUUCGCGUCGGCACAAUGCUAGCUCCGAUUUGCCUGGGUGCGGCCUGUCCCGAUCCCAAGCUUCGUGAGCAGACCGUUCAGGCCUACUGCUUCACUGCCACACAGCUUCUGAAAGCAUGCAAAGUGCUAGGCUUCCCGGGUGGCUUAAAGUGUAUGAGCGAAGCUGAAUCUGAAUCAUUCAUUUCUGAGCUGGCAGAGGAGCUUCGCGAGAAGGGUGGAUAUUUCCCCCUACGAAUUGUGUGGGGUCAGCGACCUGAGAGUGUUUGA